GAACUUACAUGGGGACAUUGAGGCGAUGAGAAAGGAGAAGUUCCACUUCCUGUGUGAUGGUGUUAAAGUGCACCUCCUCAGACUGGGCGUGGUUUACCCCCAAACUCUGAAAUAGGGAUCGAGGGCGAGGCGGCAUCUGAGUUGUUUGUACGCAGGGAAGUUGGAGUCCACACACUGUUGCUAGAGGAAAGAUCCGAGGAUAACAAACACACAGAUCACAACCACACCCACCCACACACGCCUCCUUUACACUGGAACAGAAGGACUGAGCCCUGCAGAUUGAUCUGCGUAGCGCAUCCUGUCAUCCGAGGGUAAACUCCAAGGAGGGAGAGGAGUACAAGUCCGACUGCCGCCGCCUCUGUGCUGGAUUCACUGCGACACAUCUUGUUUGGCCGACCCAGUGACUCCCAUCAGCUCCUGGGCCUCCUGCUGGAUGUGGACAGCCUAGGAUGGAAGACCCACCACAAGCUGCUCUGAGGCACUGCAAAACUACACGCUCUACCCCCGCAACUUUGGUCGUCUUGUCUCCUCCUCGUACGCCGACACGACCAGCUGCUUCGCCGCUUGUCGGACCACCGCCACGGCGUGACGAGAUUCCAGGAUGUUUUUGAGGUUCCGCCGAUUACGGAGAUGCCAAUGUGUGCAGCUGAUGACCACCUGCCUGGUGCUGUCGGUGGUGAUGGUCUGCUGGGAGCAGCUGGACAACCAUGUGGUCAGUCACGUCAAGUCCUACUCCUACCGCUACCUGGUCAAUGGCUUCUCCUACAUCAACAAGAGCUUCACCAUCCCACGCGAGCAGGCGAGAAGUUUCAGCAACUUCCGCUACCUGCUGGAUCACCCGGACAAGUGUGCUAACAAGGACGUCCUCCUCCUGCUCUUUGUCAAAACGUCCCCAGGGAACACUGAGAGGCGUAAAGCCAUCAGAUCCACCUGGGGUAAUGAGACCUACAUCCAAAACACCUUGGGAGUGACUGUCAGGGUGGUGUUUGCCCUAGGAUCGCCUCGGACCAAGACGGACGAGCCUUCAUGGAGGACGAGGAGUAGGUUGGGCCCCCAGGAGCAGCUCAUCCGUGAGGACCGCCUCCAUGGUGAUUUGAUCCAGCAGGACUUCUUGGACUCUUUCCACAACCUGACCCUGAAGCUGAUCCUACAGUUCCACUGGAUGCACAGCCGCUGUGCACACGCCCGCUUCCUCAUGACGGCCGACGACGACAUCUUCGUCCACAUGCCCAACCUGGUGAGCUACCUGCAGGACAUGAGCCGCAGAGGCGUCACAAACUUCUGGAUCGGUCGAGUGCACAGAGGGGCACCGCCCAUCCGCAGAAAAGACAGCAAGUACUACGUGCCCUACGAGAUGUACCCGUGGCUGUCGUAUCCCGACUACACGGCAGGGGCUGGGUAUGUCGUCUCCAGCGACGCAGCAGACAAAAUCUAUCAGGCCACACUGACCCUGAACGCCUCUCUUUACAUAGACGAUGUGUUCAUGGGCAUCUGCGCCAACGCCGUUGGUGUGUCCCCACAAGAGCAUGUCUAUUUCUCGGGGGAGGGCACGGCGCCCUACCACAUGUGUAUCUAUGACCAGAUGAUGACCUCACAUGGACACGUGGAGAAUAUCUAUGACCUGUGGAAGGCCGCGACACGCCCUCAGGUGAAACGGUGGAGCUCUGGAGUCGUAGGCAGGCUGUACUGCACGGCCGUGAAAAUGGCUCUUCUUUGUAAACCUUACUAUGUCAACACAUACCCCUGCAAAGCAGCCUUUUUGUAGUACACCUGAAUAGCUGCUGGUGUGCGUGUCAGUAUGUGACAGAGAGCGAAAGCGUGUGUCUGUGCAACAUAAUGAAAUGACGAACAUCUCUGCGAAUGUUACCUCAGUCCUUUCAGUCGGACACCAGCGUCUGGAAAACCUGGAAACAUGUGGUGUGUGGGGAGAAGUGUUCACAUGAUUUAUCUCUGUUAGUGAGACAUCAUCAAAAUAUCAAUGACCACUGGUACAACAAUGCACUGACACUGGUGUUGGACCGACCGCAAAUUGUGAUGAAAAACAAGGCACUCACUGCCCCUUCCUCUCAUUCACCGGCUUUAUUACAUUGACUGUGAAAUAAUUGCAUUUUUCUAAAAGUUUUUUAAACCCCUGAUGGCCCAAUGAGGAGAUAUGUUUUUCUAAACUGGUGGUGCAAAGCAGAAGCGAUACAUUUGGGAUGUGGUCAUGACGUGCGAGUUAUUAUAAGAAAAACUGUCAGAUCGAAAAACUGCCUCCAUGACGUGUAACGGCAGAGAAGACUUCCUGUGCAGUAAUGACUUCCUGUGCAGUAAUGACAAGCAACAGUUAUAUAAGUUAAGUAUACAAUAGGAGGAUUCUUUUUUUUUGUAAUGGCAUUAGUGAUUUUUUUUUAAUGAAAUAAAAUCCACACUCUUGUUUCAGGUGUGACAAAAGAGGUGUCAAAUGUUGUCAAAGUUAUUUAUUUUUUAAUGUAGUAAUAAAUCGUGUCAGUUUGUUGCUCAGGAAACGUCUUAGUAUGAGGAAGCUAAACCAGUUGAGGUUUGAAACAGUGUCUCAAAAUAAAUCUGUCUGUCCCAGAUAUAUAAAAGACUUUGUUUUCGAAUUGUUCUUCCAAUGAAGUCAAUUCUCCAAACAUUCUCAGGAAAUGGGCAGUGAUUAACAACAUGGAUUCCUUGUGGCACUUUGGAUCAGUAGAGCGUUAAAACAGUUGGCCCUGCUCUUUCUGUGAAGAGAUUGCCGGAGAUUCCUUCCUUGGGCAACAGGAGCAUGAUACACAGAUUGAGAGUUUAGUAAAGCUUCCUGUAAAAGGAAUCAAUCCAAUAGAACACCAGUUUACAUUCUUGCUGCGGAUCGACACACCUCUUCCAAAUACUGGAAACCUGGGCAUGUUCCCACCACUACUCUUAAAGCUGAUUAAUUAAUAAUAUGUUAUCUCUUUCGUUAAAUGAGUCCAAAAUACAAACCAUAACAUGUCCGACAUGUAACACAGGAGUUAUGUAAUGCACUUAUUUUUCUGCCAGGCACCAGUUUCUGCUAGUUACCUUUGAACCUCAUGGUGAACAAGCGGGCGUCCCCCUUUUUAAACUAUUACUGUUUUGGUAUAACCCUGCUUUCAACCAAUUAUGUUUUUAUGCUACUAACUUGCAACCGCAAAAACAUUUUGAAGGUAAAACAGUAGGUUUUUCAGAUUAGUUGAAAUACAUUGUUUAUUUGUUUUGAAAAUUGCAAAUGUGUUGAUACUGGAUAUAGUAGUAAAAAUGUUUAAAGACAACAUUAUUUGUGCACAGUAGUAUCAUGAACAUAACAUAGGACACUGGUUUGUUUUACACUGACACUAUAACCACUUUUAUAUCUGUACCAUCACCUAGUUAGCUCAGCUUGGCAUAAUAUAAUCUUUAACAUCAGCUUUAAAAUGUCCCACAGUGUAGUGUAUAUACUCUUUUCUGCUGCAGACACAGAUAUGUUUCCUCAUUCAGAUAAUUCCAUGUUAUAGUAAACAUAAUCUGACUGAUGUGUACUAUCGGUAUAUGAAUUAAAAUGUCAGUGUGUACAAUUUAAA